AUGAUCAACCCUCAGAUUUACCUCCACUACAACUACACCGGGAAGCUCAACCACCGGCCCAACGUCGGCACCAGCGCUGGCACCGUGAAGAUCCAGACCGUCAUCUUCCUGGUCCUGUGCUGCUUCAUCGUCCUGGAGAACCUCACGGUGCUGGUGGCCAUAUGGAGAAACCACCGCUUCCACAAUCGCAUGUACUUUUUCAUCGGCAACUUGGCUUUGUGCGACCUCCUCUCUGGCGUGGCCUACCUGGUCAACCUGCUCCUUUCUGGGGAUAGGACUCUCCAACUCUCCCCCGUCCUUUGGUUCGUCCGAGAGGGAAGCAUGUUCGUAGCCCUGGGAGCUUCCAUCUUCAGUCUUCUGGCCAUUGCGAUCGAGAGACACUUGACUAUGAUCAAAAUGAGGCCGUACGACGCUAACAAAAACUAUAGAGUAUUCUUGCUCAUCGGGGCUUGCUGGUUGAUCGCGAUAUCUCUUGGAACUCUUCCGAUCAUGGGUUGGAACUGCUUGGACAACUUGCCAGAUUGCUCCACGGUGCUACCCCUGUACACAAAGAAGUAUGUAGCUUUCUGCAUAACGGUUUUCAUGGUGUUGAUUCUAGCCAUGUCCGUUCUAUACGCAAGGAUUUACAUAUUAGUCAAGACUAGUAGUCGCAAGGUCAACAAACAUAGCAACUCAGAGCAUGCUAUGUCGCUACUUCGCACCGUCAUCAUCGUCGUGGGGGUCUUUAUCGCCUGCUGGACUCCGAUAUUCGUCUUGCUGUUGGUGGAUGUGGCCUGUACGCAGAGAUGGAAGUGCCCCAUCCUGUACAAAGCCGACUGGUUUAUCGCCGUAGCGGUGAUCAAUUCGGCCAUGAACCCUGUGAUCUACACUCUGGCCAGUCGGGAGAUGAGGAGGGCCUUCCUGGGGUUGGUGUGCGGGGUUUGCUUCAAGGUUAAGGAAUCGGCGAACAGAAACAGUGUAAGGAAGACGCUAGAGCCGAGCCGGAGCAGGAGCAAGUCGUGGAGCAGCCAGAGCAACCCCAACCAGAACCAGAACCAGCAGAGUGGGACGAGGCCGGUGGUGUUGGACCAGGAGGAGGAGAGUCGUGGGCCCGGCCUGGUGUCUGUGGUUGCCGGAGGGACAGGUUGCGGCUGA